AUGGACAAACAAUGUGAUAAAACAAUUACACUCGAUGGUGAUACAUUACCGGGUACAUAUUUUAGUUUAACAUCCGGUAAAUAUAAGCAAAAUUUUAAAUGUAUAUUAACAAUUAAAGGGUCAACAGUAAGUCAAAGAAUUAUUAUUGUUGUUGAUAAUAUGGAUAUAGCAUGUGGCGGUGAUAAAUUAUUGAUUUAUGAUGGAGAAAGAAAUGAAAAAUCAUUAUUAAAUUUAGAUGAGAAAUUUCAAUGUGGAGCACAUAAAUAUUAUCUUCGAACACCAACUACAAAUACUGUGAUAAUUGAAUUUAUUUCUAAUGAUGAUGGAAAAGUUGGAAAUGGUUUUAUUCUUAAUGUUGCAAUUAAUUUUCCUGUUUCUACAUGUGCACGAAUUGAUAAUCUUUAUCGAUGUAAAAAUCUUUAUUGCAUAUCGAAUAUGUUUAAUUGUGAUGAUCGAAAUUGGUGUGGAGAUAAUACUCAAAAGUUUUUAUGUCGAUGA